CUUAUGUCGUUAAAUUAUACCAAAAUGUGUUGUUUUUCACCCCUCGAGUGAUUAAUCUGAAUCAGAAUUCUAUACGAUUCAAAUUAUAUUCAAACAGGGCUUUGAUUUGAGUCGUAUAUAUACGAGCAGCGAUACUUAUAUUACGCUCUUGACCAUCACUAAUAAAAUAAAAACAAAGACACUACAACAAAAUGGAGAAAGAACUGGAAUUAAUCAACAGCAAUUUAAGCAAUGCCCUGGCCAAACUGGUGGAGACUAAAAAGAACCAAAACAAGGAUGAUGAUUGGCGGAAUCGCAAGGAAAGGAUCGCCAGGCUCUUAUGGCUGCACAUACAGCACGUGCAACUUACUGUGAUUACACAUAGACGUCGGUCCCAGCAGCGGAGCAGGCGCCGGUAUAGGCAUCUGCGUUCGUUUUUCAUGCAGCAGAUGGUCGAAAUGCAAUCCAACUAUAUGCAGAUGUAUGCCAUGUUGCGCCUCAAACGUGCUAGCCUGGAAGAUGAGGAGUCCGAGGAGAGCGAUGCCAACGACAAUAUACAACAGACCAACAUAACAGACAAUCAGAUCGUCUAUGAGGACAUAUUCCCGGAGCUGAGCGAUGAAGAGUUCCUAAACAAACUGCACAUAACCCGGAGCACCUUCAAGGCGCUGUGCCGGCAGCUGACACCAGCAAUGCGCAAGGGGGGGCAGUGUAGCGGAAGCUCUCUCGAAAUUUCCCUGGACAAAUGCGUUGCCUUGGCGCUCUACUAUCUGGCCAGCGGCGAGCGCAUCUCGAUCAUAUCGAAUCUGUUUUCCGUACCCCGGCUAAGAACAAUCAAGUGCCUGAAACUCUUCUGCAACGCCGUCAUGUCCACCCUGGGAAAGGCUCUACGCAAAUUGCCACAAUCCGAGCCGGACUGCGGCAACGUCAUGGUCGGUUUCCAGAAAGAAAGCAACAUGCCUGCGGCCCUCGUUGGUAUCCUGGGCGUGUGCUCCAUCCCGAUACGAGCCAAUAGCGGCCCCCUAAACUAUGCUGGUCAAUCGGUAAUGCGCAUGGAGUUUUUACUGGACGAUCGUAUGCUCUUUCGCGAACUGCGGCUAGGCAACGGAAGCAGGGCCUCGAUGAUGCCACUGUUCUCCAAAGCGCCAAACCGACUUACGGAUCUGCCUCAGAUACCCAUAAAUGGACGCCUGAUUUCCCCAUUUGUCUUGGUUCCGCCUCAACAAAAUUAUCCGCUGCGUCGAUGGCUACUCCAGCGCUAUGCGGAUCCGAUUGCUCCGCACGAGCACGACUUCAACGAAGUGGCGGAACGUCUGCAGGAGUUGAGCGACUGUGCACUGCACCGUCUGAUGUCGCGUUGGCACUUUUUCAUCCAGCCGCUGGACAUCCGCUUCCAGACGGCCUCCUGCAUUAUUACGGCUGCUGCAGUCCUGCACAAUCUGCUGGAGCAGAUAAGCGAGCCGCACAUGCUGGAAUGGGGCAACGCAGUGGACGUCUCCAAGUUUAAAUCAGACCCACUGCCAGAUUGCUGCGAAGACGUCGAAGGGGAGACGGAGAAAGGUUUGCGUGUACGUGAUUUUCUGGCGCGAACCAUCAGUUCCACUGAAAUCUAACUUCCCAAACAAAAUACCGUAUUAUUGCAAUAUAAAGAAAUUUAGUUAAGAUACA